UCGGCUCCGUUAGCUUCCCUCUUUUCUGGAAUUUCGGUGUUUAUCAUCCCCGCGCUUGCCUCACCUCGCGGACAAACCCUCGCUCUGUCUCCCCCGAACGGACAUUCGAUUCGUCUGUCAUACUCACGAUGCCGCUCGUCGUCGACAAUGGCGAACAACGCAUCAUGAACGACGACGACGACCGUAUCCCAAUCCCUCCUUCCGUUCAGUCCGUCCCAGGGGCCACACAUUCAUAUUCUAACGGUCUUGUCCCCGGAACAGUUGGCAACGGUCAUGAUCCUCACUCCAAUGGCUUAAACGACUUCAGUGGUUAUACAGUUAUGGUCGCUGGUCAACGCACCGGCAAGACCUCAUUUCUGCGUCUCCUCUUGGACACCAGUGAAAUCUCCUCGACAGCCACCAAGGACCAGCUCGCCUCCGUCGCAAAGUUCGUGCAGGGUUGCAGCGGUCAUACAUCCCACAUACGCACCGCAUCCAUCAAUAUCGAACAUGAUAUUGACCAAAAUAGCACACCUCAGGUCCUUACUCUCACGCUCGUGGAUACACCCUCUUUGACGUUCGAGGAUGAAGCUUCCACUGAGCGGGCUAUCCAUGAGAUACUCAGGCAUGUCGAAUCCAGAUUCGCCGAUGGCAUCGAGGAUGAGUGGAGAUCUCCAGCGGGUGACAACAACAUCCAUUUGUGUAUAUACUUCUUGGAUCCCGACGUGAUUGUUCCACCUUCUGUACCAGGACCUCCCGCUCCGCUGGUCACUCGUACUCGGGGCAGUAGCUUCUCCGUCACGGAGCCGGAGCCCGUCAUUCUCGAGCCCCCUGUCACGAACAAUCCCCUCCUAUGUCGCCCUUCCCUUCCUCUUAGCGAAAUUAGUACUAUCAGGCGGCUUUCUGCCAGAGUCAAUGUGCUGCCUGUAAUAGCUCGCGCAGACACGCUUACCAACGACCGCCUUGCGGCCGUCAAAAUGGCUGUUCGCCGAGAUCUCGCGGAAGCCGGCAUUGGCUUCGGAAUCUUCGAUAUGGACUCCCAUGCGCAGUACCAGCACCGUAAAGACGCGGCUGAAUCUGCGCACCCUGUAAAGGGUGAAAUGGUGAAUGGCUACAGUGGCCAUGCGAAUAAGACUUCUCCGCAUGGACAUCCUUCGCCUCCGAAUUCUCCAGCAAUGGCGUCUCUUAAACUCCCAUACGCUCUUAUCUCACCCGAUAUCUACUCGCAUAGUGAUGGCGUAACGAGAAUGCCCCUAUCACGUCACGAGCUCGUACAGCAAUACGCCCCCUUGGUUCUUCGUCACACCGCUUCUAAACUGACGCGUGGCAAGUUCAUCAGAAGUUAUCGGUGGGGAUCCAUGGAUGUUCUAGAUCCUGUUCAUAGUGACUUCAUGCCACUCCGCACUGCUAUAUUUCAUCACAUGGAGACGCUGCAGAAAUACACUCGAGAAUAUCUUUUUGAAAAGUUUAGAAACGAAUAUUUGCUCCAGCACCAUGCUAACCACCAGCUUCACCCUCAUACCCUACAACAAGCGGUCCCACGUACUUCUGUACCUCUUGCGCAUGCUCCUCGCCCUGUUUUGACUAUUGAGACUCAGCCAGGUCAUGGCUCUGUCCGACAUCCCCCUCUUCCCAUGGCCCGCGACAUUCCUCCUGGGGCAGAUUUGCGUGGGCCGCCACUUUCCCGUCCGAUGACAGAUGGUGCUUCUUCACAGCUUCAAGGCAAGACAGCAUCUGGGAGGUCCUCCAAGCAGAGGACUAAGAAGAUUACAGUGGCAUGCAACUUCUGUCGAUCCCGAAAACUCAAAUGCGACGGGGGGCGCCCUGCUUGUAGCCAAUGUGUCAAGCGGUCCAACCUUUGCGAUUAUAUGCCACAAACCAGCAAACGGCGCAAUCCCCACCGUCCACCUAAAGAGGAUAGUGAGUCUGAGAUGAGUGGCGAAGACCGAUCCGCCGAAGACAACGAUCCCUCGGUAUCCCCCGAGACUGUUUCCCAGCCACUACUAUCUCGCAGGAGCUCCAACGUUGCCGAUAAGCGGCCAAUACUAGAUACCUUUCCUGCCAUUGCUGGCCCAUCAGAACCCCGCGAAGGUCUUCACAGUAUGCAUCCUAGGCCCAAGUCUGGGGUAGCUACAGGAAGUUCGGGAGCCUCCGACGGACGGACGUUGUUCAAAGACAAUGAGUUACCCCAUAUUGCAACUCUGUCGCUACCUGAGAACUCGCCUGCGGCUGCAAUGAGUGCUCCCCCGCUUCCGCCUAUUAGACCAGCCUCAGAGCAACAAGCUGCUCAGCGAAAACGUGCUUCCUACUUGGUGGCGUGCAACUUUUGCAGAGCGAGGAAGACGAAGUGCGAUGGAGCGCAUCCAGCCUGUUCCAGCUGUGCGCGAAGGUCCCUCCCAUGUAACUACAAUCAUGAUUCCAGCACCAACGGCGUGAAUAAAAAAGGGACUCGACGUGCCUCGACCUCCAAGGCAAAUGCCCCUCAAGUACAUCUUUCUUCCGUGCACUCACCUCCCGCCCACUCUCCCCCUUCAUCAACUGUUGUCGGCGACUCUCGUUAUUCUGCCGGGAAGUCUUCUGAGGAAAACCAAGGAGAGCCCAUGGAUAUCGAUCUGAAGAGAAAGAUGGACGACAUGGAGCCUUCACAUAUUCAAAAGAGAAUGAGGGUGGAUGAAACUACUGGGGACGUUAUACCCUGAGCACCCCUCAUCAUCACCCCUCCCUGACCAAAUCAGGUGUAAACUGUAGAAUUAACUCGCAUAUGCACUGUCCCUUGGAAAGCUUGGAAACUGUCGUUGAACGUUAUGUUUUUUGGGUUAUCUCCAAGUGUUCUUGUCUUGUUUUGUGCAUGGACCACGAUUGCACUGUAUUUUUUCUCCUUUACUAUUCCCGUUUCAGGCGCCAAUGUUUUCUCUUCGAUAUUGCUAUCGUCGACCAUUGUAUGUAUGUCGAUUCAAGUUGGGGAAUCAAGAUCAAGUUUGUAUAAACGUUGAUACUCGUUGUACUAUUGCCAUUGGUGGGAACUCUAAUGGCCUAUCAACCAGCGCGGGGUUGCCAUGGGUUGCCCUGAGCUUGUGAUUCUG